GAACAUGCGAAUAGGACCAAUCAUUGGAUUUCUUCCCCUGAGGGCGCGCUUAUUUAGUUAUUGUAUCAUGCUAUCAUCGGAUUUGCGCUCACAUAGAUAUCAAGUCCGAUUCAUUUUGUGCAGCCGUUGGCAAGACGGGAGGGACAUAAGUACCCUGCUAAGGGUACAGUCCAGCAGUAAGGUAAAAGCGAUAGCACCUUAGCAUUCAAGUGAAUAAAAGUUACCAAAAUCAAAAUGCUUGACCUCUCACCUCCACUCACAGCUCCCAGUCUGUCUGACGACAACUCCAACACUACAAACAGUCGAAAGACCCGUAACAGCUGCAACGCUUGUGCCAAGUCCAAGUUGCGCUGUGGAAAGCAACAUCCUCGGUGUGAGCGUUGUGUGAUGAGGAAUCAAGCUUGCACUUACGGACUUGCUCGACCAAAAGGACGGCCACGACUCUCUCAUCGCUCGCCUAGUAUCUCUCCCCCUUGCUCGACAGGUCUAGACCUGAACAUACUCUCUACGCUCUACGAUCCUGAGUUGAUUCCGGACAACUAUCUCGACUGUUCUUCGGGGACUACAAUCACAUCUACAUCAACUCUCAUUUCUCCUGGCAGUCAACAUCUGGAGGACUGGCAGUUCUUGGACCACGAGCUUAACCUUCCAUUUGACAUCACUACAAUUCAACCAACUUUCACACAACAGCCUGUGCAGCCAAGUAAUCAGAUGGACUUGGCACUUGAUUUGGCCUCACCUCUGCCACACUUCUCGCCCGCAUCUCUUCCAGGCCCAAGUAACUCUUCGGAGCACGCUCAAUCAUGCACUAGCUUGAUCUUGGACACACUCAGAACACUUUCACUUCCGCUUGGUUCUUGUCGCCGAAAUGCGACUGUGCCUCAAAGUCCCAGUCUUGGUACACUUCUACGGCUCAAUAAGGAGGCAAUGGACAACAUCAAAGUGGUGGUGGAGUGUGAUUGCUCCGUGGAACCGUAUUUUCCCACGUUAGUGGCCGAAGUACUAACCAAGAUUCUCAGGUGGUAUCAUAAAAUCAUUCUAGAUUUCGAUUACCUUAAUUGUUCAAUCCCUACGGUUUUGCUAUGUCCUUCAAUGAGAAUCGGGGAGUUCGAACUGAGCAAGCGUGAUUCUAGACGGGUGGUAGCCCAAGUGCUCACGAAUGAAUUGGACAAAGUACAAACGCUGAUUGAAACCUUCGAACGGCGUUUCUGUUACUAUGAUGAACCCGAUAAUUAUCAUGAAGUGGCAGUCUGUACUGCCUUCGAGGCAGGAUUUCGGGAAAGCCUGAAGAAUAUCAGAAGCCAGGCGGUGCAGAGAAUGGCUGGCUAGGGUGACUUUGAUUGCUUAGCGAGUGGAUAUGGGUUGCCAUCCGUGCUAUCCCGUACAUUCUUGUACAUAGGUGAUAUAGGUAAAACGGCGAAACUAACGAACCCAUGAGAAUUGUGCAAUCGUCGGGAAUUUUAACAAUCGUACAAUCUUCAUUUUU